GACAGUCUGCAGGAAUGGGCAGGUCCAGGAGCGUGUGAGUUAACAGCCGAACACUUUGCUCAAGGGUGAGGGGGAUUUCACUCACACAGCACAAUAGUGAGGGUGAGGGUGAGAGAGAGAGAGAGCCAGCAGCAACCAAGGAGACCACAGAAACACUUUUCCCCCCAAAUCCCCAACUCAGAGAGACAGACAGACAGAGAGACAAAAGCAUUCUUGGCUUUCAGUUUAAAAAGAAGAAGAAGAAGAACAAGAAGAAGAAGAAGGGGGAAAAAAAGAGAAACGCAACAUAAUCACUCGACUCCAGAUACUUGCUGAAGAAGAGAGGUGUGACACAGGCCGCGUCAGCCUACGUCAACACUCUGCCACCUGCGCGGGAGCUCCAGGUUUUUUGGGGGGGGGUUGGGGGGGUGGAGGGUUCUGCCUGCCGCACGCGUGUGGAUGCCACGCCGGGUCGCGGGGAAGGAUAAACGGGAGAAGAGGAGGACAUGGAAAGGACGACGACGAAGCGGAUCGCGCGGGGGCUCGUGCGGCUCGCUCUGCUUUUGACCUGCAUCGACGCCACGGACAUCACGACCACUGCUGCCCCGACAACGGUCGUAUUGACCGUGGCCACGACCGCAGGCCCGACCACAACCAAACUGACAACCCUUGCUCCUGAUGACAAGAAAACCACACCCGCUGCUGCUUUACCAAGUACAGUGGCACAUACCACUGCCCAGGUUUCCACCAUCACCCAGGCGCCGGCCCCUUCUGCAGGGCAGAACAGUGGCACUCCUAGCAGCAGCAGUGACGGCGGUGGCAGCAGCAGCAGCGGUUGCAGCAGCAGCGACUGCGGCAGCAGCGACGACAGCAGCAACGGUGGCGGCGGCAGCGAUGACAGCAGCGUCUACAAAGCAGUCACGACCACCGUGGCUACCACGACGGUCAACAUGUUACCGCCGAGCACUGUGCGCAUGAGCACAACACCAAAAGCACCGGAGCACACAAGCAGUAAGGGGUUGCCCACGACCACGGCGUCCUCAUUGGGUCACACUGUAACCACCCACGAUGUGAAAGCAGUCACCACCAGUGGCUCCAAGGAUGGGGCGGGAGGCGUGACAGAAAAUGACACGAUUACUGCAAAGAUGACGACAACGGUGUUGGCAGCCGUGGUACCCUCGAACGCGGAAUCUUCAGGAUCCAGUGUGACCGCCAGCACCAGCACCAGUACCAGUACCGGUACCAGCACCGGCGCCACCACUGCCACAGGUGUGGUGGUGCAGACAGGCACAACUUUGCCACAGAGCCACACCGCAACCACAUCACCUACAACUGUCAACCGUGUUACUGAUGCCAACGUCGCCAUCAUGACCGACACCACAACUACAGCUCGGACCACAGAAACCCACACCAAGACUUUUACGUUAACUCUGAACCAAGGAUUGGAGAAGGACGGUGAGAAGGAGCUGGUGGCGGUGUGCAGGCGUCUGCUGGAGAACAUGUAUGACGGCACCUGUACUCUGGUAUGGCGGAGGCAUAACGGCGAAAUUUUGUUCAACAGCGCCAAGAUAGACGGACAAGUGAAAGAGAGCAUCGUGAGCCAGUAUUACAAAGAAAUCACCAAGAAACCUGGUGACAACACCACCCUGAUCGCCAUCCUGGCCUCGUGCGGCGUCCUGCUCAUCAUGAUCAUCAUCCCCGCCAUUUACGUCUCCCACCAUCGCAAGCCCUACAACGAAACACAGCAACACCUGACGGAGGAGCUGCACACGGUGGAGAACGGGUACCACGACAACCCCACCCUGGAAGUGAUGGAGGUGCAGCCGGAGAUGCAGGAGAAGAAGAUGCCGCUCAACGGGGAGUUCAGCAACGACGGCUGGAUCGUCCCCAUCGACAACCUGCUGAAGGAGGACAUACCCGACGAGGAGGACACCCACCUGUAGAGGCGGACGGCGGAGGAGGGGGGGGGUGGGUGGAGGAGGUGGAGGAGGAGGGGAACGAGACGAGACAGGGAACACAACCUGGCUCUCCCGAACUGAAAAAAACAAACAACAAAACCAAAAAAACGAGCAAACCUGAGAGGGACUUGUCCUCUUAAAUGUCGUCGCCCAUAGGAACAUUUCCCCGUAUUCGCCCGUCAACCCGCCAAGCCGACAGCCGGCGGUUCCACCGGAGCUGCUGGUCCGCCGUCCUUCCCAGAAGCACUUCUGUUCCCCAUCUCCGCCCGGUCGUUAAGCAGCCGGAUGACAUCACGCUGAAGGAGACACAAAAAAAAAAAGAAAAAGACGAGCAACAUCCAAACGCACGCAUCGUGUCCUCAGCAUCGCCGUGACAACCCAAACUGAGACACGGAAAGAGAAAGCAGAGAGACGACCCGCACCAGCGCCGGGCCUGGUUUCUGUGCCCCACGACUGACGGGCUGUUUACACAGCACGACGGCCCGCCGCCCGCCAUUCAUCCCCGACACCCAGAUGUCCAGUCUGCUUCUUUUUUCUUUUUUUUUACAUUCCGUCAUGUUAAGAACUAAAGAAGAAACCCCCUCCUCACAAACACCCCACCCCCCCUCAAAAAAAGAAGAAGAAGAAGAAGAGCGGGUCAUUGUUCAACCUUGUGUGAAUUCUGUACUCACCAUGAAAGGAUAUGAUUUGUACACGAGGGCCUGGACGGGACAGGAGGAGGAGGGAAGGAAACGAGAUGAGGUCACACAUUGAUUUUGGCCCCCUGAUGUAUUCGGCCCAGAGGGGCCAGGACACGAUCUGAGGGAAAGAUAGCAGCGAUAGCGAAGCGGGCCGCCGCCGCCGCAGCAGCUCUACGGUGAAUAUUACCUACUAACUUAGAGAGACGACCUCAGGAUCACUUAACACAUCCUGGUGAAUUUUUUUUUUUACUAUUUUCUGUCUUUACUGCAGUGCCCCUGUUGUCAGGGUCGACCAAAGGCGGUGAAGCCACACUGGUACAAGUGACCAUGAACUUAAUUCAGAACCCAACAAGGCAGCAGCGGGGCCCGGGAGACGCUGCCGGGAUGGAAACCUGUAGGGAAACGGGGAUAGAUAAAUGAAAGGUUUCGUUUUGAAACUCUAUAUGUAGUUUGGGGAGAAGUGUUCCCUUCACGUUCAGUGUUCAAUAUUAAAGAAGAAGAAGAAAAGGGCUAAAAUUGUUCGCAUUUUGCAACUAAAAAGGAAAAAGUGAGAGAAUAUAUACACAUAUGUGUACAUAUACAUAUAUACUUACAUACACACACAAAUGUAUAUCUAUACAAAUAUAUGUAUAUAUACAUACAGAUAUAUGUACAUAUAUGUAUAUAUACAUGUAUGUAUACAUAUAUACUUACACACAUAUGUGUAUAUAUGUACAUACAUAUAUACACACAAAUAUAUGUAUAUAUACAUAUAUAUUUAUGUAUCUAUACAUUGUGUGGAUAUAUAGAUAUGUA